ACCAGUUGGUUCAAGGGGUGUCUUUUGUCACCAUAGUCGUUUGUUCGAAAGGAAAUUGUCUGGGUAAAGGAUGUCGGACGGAAGUGUUGAAAGGGGAACCAAGCGUGCCGAGGAUUCUCUGGCUACUCACCAGCUCACUGUUCAAUACAAGCGAUACUACAUCGAUGUCAAUGAGAACACUCGUGGACGUUACAUCAAGAUUGCUGAGUUGGGUACAAAUUACAAGAGCCGUAUUAUUCUAAGCAUCGUCGCUGCCAAGGCAAUCGUGAGUGAGAUUUCGAAGAUGCUUGCCCUCAUUGAUGAACCAUCAACUGGUGAACACGCUCCAAAGGAAAGCUCUCUCAUCAAAUCAGAGACUCUCAAUGUCGACGGGAGAAAAUUCUACGUCGAUCUGAAGGAAAAUGUUCGUGGUCGCUUUUUGCGCAUUGCUCAGAUGCCGAUGAACCCACGUCAAACUCGCCAACAAAUCGCCAUUCCAUCCGAUGGAAUCGCCGAAAUUCAUAAGGUGCUAACCGAAUAUUUGGCCAAGUUCGGAGAGGGACACGAACAGGAGAACACCAACACUCCAAAAAUCACUGCUGAAAACAAAUCGUUCCUUUUCCAUUCCGGAAAGAACGAUCGUGGAGAGUUUGUUCGCAUCUCGGAAAUCAAACUCAACAGCGGCUAUCGUAACGCAAUCACCGUUCCAAUGUCCGCACUCGUCGAUUUCCGCAAAGAGUUGGAUAACAUCAUCGCCAACCAAGGAAAGUAGUGAUCUACAAGUUUUCUCUGCAAAAAAAACAAUCGUAAUUGCAUAACAUCUAUCGAACUCGAGAGUCUCCCAAAAAAUCCCUCCAAAUCUUUACUGCAUUUGCAUGUAAAGAUUUUACCUAUUUUUCUAAACUGCUGUGUUCCUGUAUUUUCACUCUACCUGUUUCGUUUAUUUAUUUAUUUAAGCAUCAAGUUUAUUGAACUCUAAUAAAUUCUCGGGAAA